AAAAAGGUUUGGCCCAAAUCUCAAAAUCCUUUCUUUGCCGAUCAGUGCAAUGCUACUGUGCGGGCCUCUUUUUUUGCUAAGCUUUCCUCGGUCACUGUGGCAGCAAGGGAGGGCUGUUGCCAAGCAACACAGAAAAAAACACAGCUUGGAUCCCAGGGAUGGGCGUGCAAAAAUCCAGGCACUUUUUCUGGCUCUUUGCACGCUGGCCGUGUCGACCUUCGCUGCAGCAAAGCACUUGCAAUUUUAUGGUGGAAAACCUGUUGCCACCUGCAAAGACUCGCUCGUUUUGCUACCAGGCGUGGAAAACUUCUGGGGCUGCUGCACCGGUUGAAGCCGCAGGGAGUGCAGAGUUGAAUUCUUGCAGAAAAUCGUUGCAGUGGCUUGGUCUUCAGUUCCGGUUUCCUUCCAAAGCCACACAAGGAUGCCUCUGCCAAAGAAAGGAAAAGUGAAAAAAACAAGGAAGCAGAAGUCAUCAGCUCUGGGUGAGGAAAAACACCAAAAGGCAACGCUGGAGGCGGCAGACGCUCUUAAGCAGCACCUGGUUCUCCAGAGGGACAUGGCCAAACAAGCAGCAUCUGACAGGGAAGGACUCAGGCAGAGGCUGACAAAAUUGGAGACAGAGCUGGAAGGAGCCCAGAAAGACAAAAAGGAUAUUUAUGAAGAGAUGAUCCGUCAAUAUCAGCAGUUUCAGCGCCAGACUGAUACCCGGAUACAGCGUUUGGAAGCUGAGAAGCAGAAUUUGCAGGAACAACUUGCUGCCUGCCAGAAAAACCUGCAGCGGAGCGAGGAGGACAGAGCAAAGAUCUUGGAGGAGAAGGACAAGGCUGUGGCUGCGAUGCAGCAGAAGGUUGAGAAGAUGGAGACGGAGUAUGAGAGAAUCCUGCAUGAGAGCCUGGAUCAGGUGCUUUCCAAGCUACAAUCCGCCAAGCUUGGCUGGGAGACAGAGGCUACCCUCCUCCACACUGAAUAUAAGAAUCUGCUGAAGGAGUUUGGACUUAACCCGCUGGAGAUCUGAAGAAGCAUUCAGCAGAGCUAAGGUCUGUCUCCUUACCCUCACUGGGGUUUCAUCUUGCCACAGACAUUAGAAUGUGGAGACAAUAAUCAGCAUUGCUCAGC